AUGUCGAAAGAUGCCGAUACUCGAGCCCAAGUGCCGGCGUUAUUGUCCAUUGAGCAACAACAGCAGAACAAAUAUCUUUACAAGCCCCAAUACCGGCAACGAUGGGGCUGGCAGAACAAUGACCAAGGAUCGAAACUCGCACCAAAUGAAAUUACAGCAUUUGUACGAACGUAUGCUUGGCCGAAAGAGACAGAGCUGGCACUACAAUGUCUUUUUGAAGCGAGUUAUGAUAUAACACGAGCAGUGGAGACUAUCCACGAAGCUCGUCGCCAAAAGUUGAAAAUGAAUCGAGAAGAGACGGAACGGAUACCCACAACUAUCUUUGAGAAAGCAAUGGGCAGACAUGGCAAAAACUUUCAUCUCGUCAAGCGGAGAUUUAGUUGGAACGUGACAAGUCAAGAGUUGGUGAGCAAGUUUUACUCGUGGAAGAUCACCCCAGAGUACAAGAAGUGGCACGACAGCCAGCGAGAGAAAAAGAGAAAAAGGGAAGCUAAACGACUGAAACUACUUCACCCUGGUGUGGACCAGCACCGGGAGUAUUGCGAAGUCUGUUUGAAGGGUGGCAAGUUGUUGUGCUGCGAUGGCUGUGAGCGGGCAUGCCAUCUCAACUGUGUACGACCAGCUCUGUUAGACGUUCCCGAAGGUGAGUGGUUCUGCUCGCACUGUCGAGAAGUAGUACCUUUACCCGCUGGCACCUAUCCGGGGUCCGAUGCCUCAAAGUCCACCUUCAAAGUGAAGACAGAGGCAAAUGGUACCAGUUUUAAAUGGGGCAGUGACAUGCAGUUAGCCUGCUGCAUUCGUAAUGACGAGAAGAAGAUUGAUGAAAAAUACCCCCUGACGAUUGAGAAGUGCCUUGAGAAAAGUGCAUUAACAGCAUGCAGCAAACUUGAAGACCCACCCAAUCGAUUCAUCACUGAAGAUUUAAAUGGUAUCAGUGACAUCACGACCGAGUCUGAGUCUGACGGUGGCGUAGCCAGAAAUUGUCAGUCGCUUACUUCUAACUACGUGUUCACGGCACCCUUGAAGAAACGAAAGCAGAAGUGCUCAAAAAUCGAAAGUGAUAUUGUCCGACUACGCUGCAAGUCAACGUUGCACUCUCUGGAAAAUAGAAGUAGCCGAAUUAAAGAUGUCCGAGAAAAGGUUCUGCCUAUAAGGAGGCAGAAGAACGCAAAAAAUGAAGCGGUUGUUGGUCGAUCUCGCUACUCAACGCCGUCACUCUUGCUUGAGUAUAGCAGUAGCCAAGUCAAACGCGUUAUUCGAGAAGUGAAGCCACUGCAGCUCAAGACUGCUUCCACCAAUCGGAAACGGAAACUUCAAUUUGAUGCUUCAUGCAACAGCCCACACUUUCCGGCCGUAAAGAAGCCACGUACACCGAAUCAUUAUGCUUGCAUUAAAGAAAUUCGGACAACAAGGGCAGAAGUUUAA